GGGGCUGAGACCCCCGGGCCGUCUCUUUGUGUCUCGUGUAACACCGCGUGUGUCCGGGAGGCUAGAGUUUUUCUCCUUGGAUCGUACGUGUGUCGGCUGCCUGUCUUGGCCGCUCUAUGGCCCUCAGUGUCCACAUCUGUGUUCAUGUCAGCCUUUGUUUUCCGUCGGCGGUGUCUCCCCGUGAGGGCGCCAUCCAGGUGUCCCCCUGUGUCUGGUCUCUUCCUCUGCGCCUGCCUGUGUUUCUGCAUGCCCAUGCCUGGGUCAUCAUGGUCAGUGGAAGGAUGGCCACCCAGCUGCAACACAAGAAAGCCCUGGGGUCAGUGGCGUUCAGGGAUGUGAUUGUGGACUUCACCCAGGAGGAGUGGCAGCAGCUGAAGCCUGCACAGAAGGACCUGUACAGGGAGGUAAUGAUGGAGAACUACUGGAACCUGGUGUCACUGGACUUGGAGACUAGACCUGACCUGAAAGAACUGGACCCACAGGAAGACAACUGGGGAGGCAGGCCAUCCAUUGCAGUGACUUCAGGACCUAUGAGGAAUGGUACCCAGGGUUGCACCAGUGAAGGAGCAGGAACACAGGGUAACUGGGUGGGGUGGUCACGUGGGAGCCCAGUGACCUAUCUAGGGUGUUUGGACAUGUACCAAGCAUUAGCCUCUGAAUGUUGUGAAAUUACGAAAUUGGUGCACCAACACCCUAUGCAUGCCCCAACAAGAUGGGAAGUAGAGAGAGGAGAGAGGACACACCUGUUCACUAUGUGUGGGAAACACUCAAGUACUUCAAGCCUCGGUCCUCCCUCCAAACACUCUGCAGAGAAGCCCUAUGGGUGCCGGGACUGCAGCAUGGCUUUCAGCUACCACUCGUCCCUGAAGGAGCACCAGCAAAUCCACACCAGGGAGAAGCCUUUCUCGUGUACCACAUGUGGUAAGCAGUUCACCCUGCAGUCCUCCCUCACCUCCCACAAGCAACUGCAUACUGGGGAGAAGCCAUAUAUGUGCUUAGACUGUGGCAAGGCCUUUACUCGGAAGAGGAGCCUCAUUGUGCAUCAGAGGAUACACACUGGGGAGAAGCCUUUUACGUGCAGGUACUGCGGCAAGGCCUUCACCCGGAACGUGUACCUCAUCAUACACCAGAGGACACACACUGGGGAGAAGCCCUACGUGUGCCAGGACUGUGGCAAGGCCUUCACCCAGCAUAGGAGCCUCAUUGUACAUCAGAGAACACACACUGGGGAGAAUCCGUACACAUGUGGGGAAUGUGGCAAGGCCUUCAGCCAAAAGGCACAUGUCAUGCAGCACCAGAGGACGCACACUGGAGAGAAGCCAUACACAUGUGCAGAGUGCGGAAAGGCCUUCAGCCAGAAGGCAAACAUCGUCCGGCACCAGAGGACGCACACCGGGGAGAAGCUUUAUACAUGCAAGGACUGUGGAAUGGCCUUCAGGCUAAACAGAAAACUCAUUGAGCAUCAGAGGACGCAUGCCUGGGUGAAACCCUAUUUCUGUAGGGACUGUGGCAUGGCCUUCAGUCAGAAUGAUUACCUCAUCACCCACCAAAAGACGCACAUCGGGGAGAAGCCUUAUGUAUGCUGGGACUGUGGCAAGGCCUUCAGGCAGAAAAGGAGCCUCAUCGACCACUUGAGGACACACACUGGAGAGAAGCCGUACACAUGUGGUGACUGUGGCAAGGCCUUCAGCCGGCAGGAGUGCCUCAAAGCACACCAGAAGAUACACAGCGAGGAGAAGCUGUAUGCAUGUGGGGAAUGUGGCAAGGCCUUUAAACAUAAAGGGUACCUCACCGUACACCUGAGGACACACACUGGGGUGAAGCCAUACGUGUGCAGUACCUGUGGCAAGGCCUUCAGCCGGAACAGGAGCCUCGUCGUGCAUCAGAGGAUACACACGGGGGAGAAACCGUACCCUUGUGCGGACUGCGGAAAGGCCUUCCGCCGGAAUGACCACCUCAUCAUGCAUCAGAGGACGCACACCGGCAAGGAGCCAUACACUGUGGCCAGUGCAGCAAGGCCUUCAGGCAACACUUCUCACUCAGUAUGCACUGGCGAGUGCACGCCCAGGAAAAGCCCCAUACAUGUAGCCAGCGCAGCAAGGCCUUCAGGCCGGAAGCGGGUCACUAUCCUGAGGGUACCGCGUCCUGAAUCAGUCUUGGAGCUAAAGGAGAGAGCUUGCUGGUCCAGGGAUGGGGCGUGUACCUCGGGAGGGGUUGCGAAUCGGGGCCUGUUCGUGUGGGUGAAGCUUGCCCUGCUCCUGGUCACCAUGGGCACUGGAAGGAUGGCCACCCAGCCGCUGACCACAAAGGCCCUGGGGUCAGUGUCGUUCAGGGAUGUGAUCGUGGACUUCACCCAGGAGGAGUGGCAGCAGCUGAAGCCUGCGCAGAAGGACCUGUACAGGGAUGUGAUGAUGGAGAACUACUGGAACCUGGUCUCUCUGGACUUGGAGACUAGACCUGAAUGGAAAGAAUCAGACCCACAGGAGGACAAUUGGGAAGACAGACCACCCACUAUGGUGGUUCCAGAAGGAGCCACAAGGAAUGGUGCCUGUGGUGCCUGGGAAGGAGCUGCGGGGACACAGGGUGACUGGAUAGGGUGGCGACAGGGGAGCCCAGGGACCUGUCGUAUGUGUUUGGACAUGUCUCAAGCAUUAGCCCCUGAAUGUUGUAAAUUUGAGGCAUUCGUCCACCAAAGCCUUGUGCCAGCCCGACCGAGAUCAGAAGGACCGAAAGGAGGGGGGAUGUACCCGUUCACCAUGUGUGUGAAGGACUCAGGUACUUCAAGCCUGGGUCCUCCCUCCAAACUCCAUGCAGAGAAGCCCUAUAAGUGUGGACAGUGUGGCAAGGCUUUCAGCUAUAACUCAUCCCUGAAGGAGCACCAACGAAUCCACACUGGGGAGAAGCCUUUCUCAUGUGCCACAUGCAGUAAACAGUUCACCCUGAGGUCUUCCCUCACCACCCACCAGCGCCUGCAUACUGGGAAAAAGCCAUAUGUGUGUGGUGCCUGCGGCAAGGCCUUCAGCCAGAAGGCUCACCUCAUGCAGCACCAGAGGACGCACACUGGGGAGAAUCCAUACACAUGUGGGGAAUGUGGCAAGGCCUUCAGCCAGAAGGCACAUGUCAUACAGCACCAGAGGACACACACUGGAGAGAAGCCGUAUGCAUGCGGGGCCUGUGGCAAGGUGUUCAGCCAGAAAGGGAACAUCAUCCGGCACCAGAGGACGCACACCGGGGAGAAGCCAUAUGUGUGCAGGGACUGCGGGAUGGCCUUCAGGCUGAACAGGAAACUCAUUGAGCAUCAGAGUAUGCACACUGGGGUGAAGCCCUAUUUCUGUAGGGACUGUGGCAUGGCCUUCAGUCGCAAUGAUUACCUCAUUACACACCAAAGGACGCACACUGGGGAGAAGCCUUACGUGUGCGGGGACUGCGGCAAGGCCUUCAUGCACAACAGGAGCCUUAUUGCCCACCAGAGGACGCACACUGGAGAGAAACCAUAUGUGUGCGGGGACUGCAGCAAGGCCUUCGGCCGGCAGGAGUGCCUCAAGGCACACCAGAGGACACACACUGGGGAGAAGCUGUAUGCAUGCAGAGAUUGUGGCAAGGCCUUCAGACAUAAAGGGAACCUCAGCCUACACCAGAGGACUCACACAGGGGUGAAGGCAUAUGUGUGUAGUACCUGCAGCAAGGCCUUCAGCCGGAACAGAAGCCUCAUUGUCCAUCAGAGGAUGCACACUGGGGAGAAGCCGUAUGCAUGUGCAGACUGUGAAAAGGCCUUCAGUCGGAGUGAGCACCUCAUGGUACAUCAGCGGACACACACAGGUGAGAAGCCAUAUAUGUGUGGCCAGUGCGGCAAGGACUUCACACAAAACUACUCUCUCAGGGAGCACCAGCGAGUGCACACUGGGGAGAAGCCCUACACAUGUGACCAGUGUGGCAAGGCCUUCAGGCAAAACUCCUCACUCAGGGAGCACCAGCAUGUGCACACCAGGGAGAAGCCCUACAUGUGUGACCAGUGUGGCAAGGCCUUCAGGCAAAAUUCCUCGCUCAGGGACCACAGGCGUGUGCACUCCGGGGAGAAGCCCUACAGCUGCAGCCAAUGUGGAAAGUUCUUUAGCCUCAAAUCCUCUCUCAGGAAGCACCAGCGAAUUCACACAGGGGAGUAGCCCCACCAGUGCUCCAAGAGCUGAAAGCACCAGAAGAGGAUGCACACAUAGCAGAAAGGCAGGAAAUCUCAGUGUCCACACUCAACUAGCCGGUCCUGAGCCCAUGAAUCAGUACCAGACUUGACACAGUAUGCAAGAGAAGUCCUGCCCAGACGGGUCAUAGAAUGUGGGCUCUGGGGACAGGCCAUACCACGCUCACCAUUUGAUUCCGCAGCAUCUGUAGGGCCCUGUGGAAUGCAAGCCCCCCUAUAGGUCUAGUACCUGGCAGUGUGGCCAGGGGCACUGUGGCUCCAGGCCAAGCUGGAGUAGACUGUCCUAUGAGCCUGGACAUGCAUUUAGUCUCUGGGUUUUCACCUCAACAGAAAAAGGAGCGGGAGGAGGAAAGAACAGGGGAGGUGAGCUUCAUGGGGAAUCUGUCAGUCUGUCACACAUGCCCGAAUCUAGAUGGAUCAGGUUGUGCCCAUCUGUGUGUUUGCUCAUGUCCCCCACACACAGCCCCUAGUUUCCCUGCAACACCAAGUGGAAGCCCCAAGCUCAUCAGCUGUAGAAGUUAGCAGGUGGAUCCUGAGGAGAAAUGAGUAUUUUUUACAGGAUUAAGAAGUAACACUAGUCACCCCAGAUACCACUUUCUCACAGUGGUCUGUUAAAGUUUUUUUUUAAAUAAAAAUUAAGUGAGACUAA